AUGACCUCUCCCUUUUUAGAUCUCUCUGGAGAUUCCAUCCCUCAAGAACAAGUCCUUGGAUGUGGAUCUUCAGCGGUUGUGGUUUUGCGUGACGGCAUCGCCGUCAAAACACCCCUAAGAUAUAUUUGGAGCUCGGAUAUCGAUGUUCAGAUGAACCUUGAAGUCAUCCAACGUGAACAAAAUGUCUAUCGUCGGUUUCAAGAAUCUAAUACCCAAUGUGGCGGUAUUGUUAACUGCCUUGGUUUCUUAAGAGAUGCUACCCAGCUCGCUUAUAUGGCAAAUGGCGAUCUUCGCACCUACCUAGCAACCAACAAACCACCCCAACAGCUCCAACUUUCGUGGUUUCGUGAUAUGACUCGCGCGCUCGAAUAUAUCCACGAUCGACGUGUGCUUGUGGCAGAUAUUGCUAGUCGAAACUUCCUUCUCGAUUCAGAUCUAACAAUCAAAUUCUGCGAUUUCUCCGAAGCAUCUCUUCUACCCUUGGAUACCGAUAUGGAUACUGUCGAUGAUAACGGAUACUCAACUCGAAUAGAUCUUGGCUUUCUCGGGGCAGUUAUCUAUGAAGUUGUGACUGGCGAGAAAUGCGAGAUCGAUCUCUUUAAAGAUAACCUUCCGAGUGAUGGCCGCGCUACCUGGCCGCGAAGAGAGUUCCUUCCCAACACCGAAAAUGUUUGGCUUGGCUCAAUCAUUGAAGACUGCUGGGUCGACGGAGGAUUUCAAAAUGCGCAUAGCUUGCUACGAGCACUAGAUUCAAUCGCUCUACAUUCCCCAAGCCCCAAAUCUUUAUACGAUCGACCUUCAUUGACAGAAUUCAUCCAAAACUUGGUCGAUGAGCGGUCGAUCGUAACGCUGGCAGUCAUCCUCGGUGCCUUGGGUACGCUCGCCCUAUAUGUGAAUAGAAAGCAGCUGUCAGUGUCUUGA